CUCCCUCCCGCCACUGGGCUGGUUGCCAUGGAGAGCUCAUCGGUAGCGUCAGCGUCAUCAGAGGCGGGAAGCACGCGCUCGCAGGAGAUCGAGGAACUGGAGCGCUUCAUCGACAGCUACGUGCUGGAGUACCAGGUGCAGGGACUCCUGAGCGACAAAAACGAAACCGAACAGGAUGUGGACAAGACCCUGUCCCACACCUCACAGUGGACAAAAGACUGCAGUGAUAAGAUUGACGGGAGCUGGUCAUCCUCACGGGGCAGGGGCUCGUCCAAACCAGAUGAUUGGGAGCACAGCAGCAAUGGCAGCACCGGUUCUAGACCCAGUUCAGGUUCUCGACCCGGUUCUGGUUCUAGAUCAGGCAGCAGAGGACAAAACAACCAGUUCAGAGCCCCAGCGAAGAAUGGAAACAGAGACUGUUCUUUCGAUGUCUUGGGGACGGACAUUUGGGCUGCAAACCUGGACUGUCAUGGAGGCGCUACGUGGGACAUUCAGCCAGAGAAACUGGAUUUCUCUCAGUUUCACAGGAGGCCGUACAGAGGGACACCGAAACACCUCCCGCACAUCGACCGAGAAGGGAUGAUAAAGGGCCAACUCGACGAUGAUGAUGAUGGGAUCGACCUUGACAACAUGGAGAAAUUCCUGCCCAGCCUGCCGGUUUUCCCUCCUCUGCCUAAUGAAGCUGAGAUCGCACACACGAAAAAACUGUUUCGUCGCCGCAGAAAUGACCGCCGCCGAUCCGAUCCGCCCCAGGACCAGCUGAUGGUGCUGCUGCCGGCCGAGGGGAAGCGGCAAGUGUCCAGGAGACAGCAGCGCCUGCCUGGAGGAGGAGGAGGGGGGGCUGCUUGGAAAUCUCAGAAUCCUCAGCAGCAGCAGCAACAGCUGCCCAAUCAGAUGCAGCAGCCCAACUCAGACCACCAAUCAGGUGCCAGCACUAAGCAUGGGGGGUGGGGUUAUCAGGGGCAGCAGAACCAGGUUGGGUGGCAGGAUGGGUGGCAGGGUGGCCUGCAUCACGGCUACAGCCAGAACCGCCGCUGGCAUCAGCAUCCUAAACACCAGACAAACAGUUUCAAUCAGGGGCCCUCAGGGGCCGAAAGGGGCCUCACACACAAUACCAAAGAAACCGAGAAUGUAAAACAAGAGGAGCCAGAGCCCCACAUGGAAAAAGGAGCAAAGGACGAACCUGCGAAAGAGGAGAGAAAGAAAAGAGACAAGGAGGAGAAGACGGAGAGCGGGAAGAUCUGUUUACUGCAGUCGUCAAAAGAGAGACUGAGGAGGAGAUUGAAAGAGAAGGAGGAAGUUCCCGUGGCGACAGCUGGACCUCAGCGGAACCGAAUGGACAGAUUGUUAGAGAUUCUGAACAGCAUGAGGAAUAACAGCAGCUGCGUGGAGAAUCAGCUCACCACGUUCAUGGAGGAAGCGCAGAAUUCGGCCGAUUCGGAGGAGACACUGAACGAGAUCGUUCACACCAUUUACCGCAAGGCGGUCAGCGACCGAAGUUUUGCAGCCACGGCAGCCAAACUCUGUGACAAGAUGGCUCUGUUCAUGGUGGAAGGGACUAAAUUCCGCUCUCUUCUCUCUGUGCGUCUGCAGAGGGACUUCACGCGGCGUGAGGAGCUGCAGCAGACGGAUGUGGAGUGCUGGCUGGGCUUCAUCACGUUUCUGUGUGAAGUGUUCGGCACCAUGAGGAGCAGCGCUGGAGAGCCGUUCAGAGUGCUGGUCUGCCCCAUAUUCUCCUGUCUGAGAGAGCUGCUGGAGUCUCCGGAGGUGAAGGAGGACGCUGUGCUCUGCUGUUCUAUGGAGCUCCAGAGCACCGGCCGGUUAUUGGAGGAGCAACUUCCUGAAAUGAUGACAGAGCUGCUGGCGGCCGUGCGGGAUAAGAUGCUGUGUCCGUCUGAGUCUCAGCUGACGCGCUCGCUCCUGAUGGAGGUCAUCGAGCUCCACGCUCACCACUGGAGCCCGCUGGAGGCGCUGACCACCGCCUACUACAACAGAACCAUCCAGAAGCUCACCGUGUGACGCACACGCACUGCUGGAUGCCCUGACCACUGCGAACCACUACACAACCAACCAGAAACUCAUCAGGAGACACACAAACACGGAAACCAGCCACUAGAGGCCACGGACACACUGCAACACACACAAGCAUUCUGUAAUAGGGACGGGCGUCAUGGGAUAUGGGGUUGGCCCAGAGGUCAGAGGGUAAAAUAUGCAGAUUGAAAUGAAUAUGUAUAUGUUCACACUUCACAUCUGCAUAUUCAUGAGCUCAGCCAGACGUACAGAUGUGAAACCAUUCAGUCAUUAGACACACACGUGCAGACGCCAGUCACUGUCUGUCACGCUUUCCAGACUAAACCUCAACAGAAAGAGAGCGCAAAAGAAAAAUUCAACAAAAAUUCAAAAGAAAAAAAAAUUAA